ACAUGACACAAUACGGCAGAUAUAACUUAUUAGUUAAAAACUGCAGCCUAAAAAGCCCAAUGCUUACCUGUAAUGUGAGAAAGGAUCAGGAAUGGAUAGAACUAACAGAAAAGAACUUCUAGAAACGGUGGAGAAGCAGAAGGAGGAAUUAGACCGAUACAAGGGAAGAUUGAGAGACCUUGCUGUCGCGUACCGUAGCCUUGUGAAGGAGAAAGAAGCGUUAGAGGCCAGUGUGAAAGCAUUGACCACACCAAGUCAGAGCAGAGAUCCUCAAGCUUCCGAAGACGCUGAAGACGGUACUGGACAGGCCCAGAAUGAAGAUGAAGCCGGUGGGGAGGGUGAUGGAGGCAAUAUAUCCCAACUUCGUCAGCAGAUCACCACCCUCACGCUAUCACUGUCCACCGUCAGCGAGCAGAAAUCUAAGAUGGAAGCCAACUUUCAAGAUGACAAGAAAAAGAUGAGGCAAGAGCAAAUGGAUGCCCUUCAGAAAAUAAAUGAAGAGAAAGACAAUCUACAGGAAGUAGCUGAGCAGCUCACACAGCAACUUGCAGAGACAAAAGCAAAACUUCGGGUCCAUCAGCAGGAGAGAGAAUCUGAUAAUCUAAACCAUGCAGCCAUGAUGAGAGAGCUUCAGAAUCUUGUCAGUAAAGAGAGAGCAGAGAAAGAAAAACUUGAAAACAAGAUCUUUGAUUUCGAAAAAUUAAUAAUGCACCUCAAAUCAGCUCCAGAUAAAUCGGUGGAGUAUGAAGGUCACAUUGAACGGUUGUCUAAAGAACUUGGAAUGGUGAGGAACCAGCUGUACGCAGCGGAAGAAGCGGCCCGUAGACCACCUCCUCUCCUAUUACAGCUCCAGAAGGACAUGGCUGAAAUGAAGGCCCAGCAUCGGAUGCAGAUCGACCUCGAACAGCAGAAAGCGAGGGAGACGGAGGAGAGACUACAGAAGACGAGAGCGGCGGAGGAGCAGAGGGUUGCGGACUUGGAGUCCAAGCUUUCAGAUCUGUCGGAGACGGUUGGAACGUACGACAGAGGCAGGCAACAAGACCAACAAGCAAUACAGAGAUUAAAAGAGAGAAUCACCCAGUUGGACCUCGAAAACACUGCCCUAGCGAGGGCAGCAAACAAGUCUAAUUCGAUGGCUAUUACCGAAGGGGAAGAUCUAGAUUGUGACGCCUCCGUAGCUGAGAUCAAGGAGAGGAUUAUGAAACUAAAAGGACUUCUUAAACUGGCUUGCCACAAAGCUGAGAAACCUGUUGAUAUUGAUGAUGUUUUAAACAUUGAUGACGAUUCGAGUCGAGACGGUGACCCUUGCCACACAGCUUGCCAACAGGAGCUGAAGAGACUCAAAGAGGAAUUUGAAUCGUAUAAGACGAGGGCUUCCAACGUUCUCAAGAACAGAUCAGCUAAGGAUACUACGCAUAACAAGGAGUUAGAGCAGCUCCAAAGUCAGUUAUCCGAGAUGCGCGAGAGGGUCGCCAUCUUGAGACAGCAGUUGGACGACGAAGAAGCCGCUCACAAACAAUCCAUCGAAGACUUCCAGCAGCGGGUCGCGAAAAUGAAGGACAAACACAAGGUCGCACUGACUCAGGCUGAAAAUGAGUAUAAGCUGAAGGCAGCGGACCUCGACCAGCAGGUCCAAAAGCAGCGUGAGCGGACCUUAGCCCUUCUCGCGGACAAGGACCAAGUCAUCCACGACCUCAAGGCCCAACUAAACCCAUCUCAUUCCAGCCAACCUGUCUAUACUACAAGUGAAUACUACAGUCCAGCCGACGAUGUACAAUCAGUAGCCAGCGAAGAUACUGUCUUGUCGGAGACGGAAGAAACGGUCUCACAACUUGUAGCUACUCCAUCAACUCCUGGUCAGAGCGGGAGCUCCCUGCUUCACUUUGCCGAGGAGCAAGCCAGAAAGGAGGUGGAGCUCGCUGGAGUGAAGAGACAGAAGCAGCAGGUCGAGACGGCUUUGAGACAACUCCAGGACAAACAUGCCACUUCUAUGCAGAAUUAUCAGGAGGAGUUGGAGAAUCUUAGAGACGAAGUGGAUCGAUGGCAGAGAAAUAGGUCAAGAGAAGGAACCAACUUGGAAUAUCUAAAGAACGUUGUCUUGUCCUAUCAUCAGAGUGAUAGCUAUUCAACAAAGAAACAAAUGUUCAAUGCCAUAGCUGCUAUUCUUCAAUUUACAAAUAAAGAGAAAGAGGCUGUGAUCAAGAAACUUGGUGCUGCUUGGUGGGGAACCGGAUGAAACCAGUCUAGACUGCUUUGAACCAGCCACUCAUCGAUAGAACUGGUGUCUGGAACCAGUAUAAACUGCUUUGAACCAUGAACCUGCCAUCCAUGGAUAGAACUCUUUAUAGAAUCAGGAUAGACUGCUUUUAGCUAGCCACUCAUGGACAAAAUUGGUCCCAAAACCAGUUUAGACUGCUCUGAGCUAGACAUCCAUGGAUAGAACUGGAUCUUGAACAAUUAUAGACUUCUUUUAACCAGCCCACGCAUGGAUAGAACUGGUUCUGAAACCAGAGAGUCUAGAACUGCUUUAAGCUAGGUAUUCAUGGAUGGAACUGGUUCUGAAACGUGUGUAGACGGCUUUAAGCUGGUGCUUUUAACAACGGAUAGAACAAGUUCUGAAUCCAGUAUAGACCUCACUGAGCACAGUGGUUGGUGGAAGGAACUGGUUACUACGUGCACAACGACUUGCCCGAUUUCCAAAUCAUCUGAUUCCCAUAGCCUUUAUGCAGGGACCAAAAUAUUCCAGAUUGUAACCAAUUUAAUGUAAGUUACAUACAUGUUCAGCUGGCAGUAAAAUGUAUAUUUAGAUCUCAGUAACAGGGUAAGCAUAUAUUAUACAUAUAUAUAUUUAUAUGUAUCUACGUACAACUCACCCGAUAGAGAAUAAUGACAUAUAGCCCUGUUUUUUAUGAUCAUAAUUUUAAUUGUUGUUUUUAAGAUUUUAAUUGUGACUUGUUUGUGUUUCAAACUGCUGAUGAAAUUUUGCCAUUUGAUUGCCCAAGGGAAAUUUGGUCAGAGUUAAGCUUUUACUGUUUGGUGAAGCAAAGCCUACAUCAGCAUUACAUCCACAAUUUGACCUCUAGUUAUCCACAAAUAGAACAUGUUUGAAGUAUGGAAGGCCAAAUGGGUUUCUUGGUUAACUUUUCUUAUCUUAUUUUUUGUCUCGCCUGAGCGAAGUUUGGCAGAGACCUAGUAAUCACUUUUCCUUUUGGUCUGUUAAUAGUCUGUUGGUCUGUUCAAAAAAAGUUUUUGUUCAAUUGGUCUCAUUUCUUUAUUUUUGCAUCAAUUAUGUUGACAAUUGGCACCUAUGAUCCUUGGGUAAUACCACAUGUGUGUCCAUGAGGAUAAUGUUGACAAAGGUCAUCUAGGGGUCAAAAGGUCAAAGGAUAUGAGGUCAUGUCCAUCCUUUU